UAAAAUGAAACGAAAAUGGUUAAUGCUUCCAAUCGACCAAAUUAGUUAUAGAACACCAUGAGAACAGAAAAAGGUGGCUGGUUAAUAAUUCCCUUCAAGGAACUGGGUUUGUAGUUACAUGUUAUGUUUAUAUUUAUGAAGUCGUGACUCAUUGAUUUGGGUUCUUAUAGAUCAUUUAAGUAACUUCUGCUGUUUCCAUUUAUUUUUCUGUUGCAACUUUCUGGUUAGUGAUGAAAUUGCUUCUUUAAGAUUGUGUUUUAUCUAGGGAGUUAUAUCUCUUCUAAUCAUGUGUUGAAGUGAUACUCAGAGGACUUUAUUGUGGGCUUUUGACAUAGGUAAAAAGGCUAGCUACUCAUGGCAGAGAGGGAGGAGGGAGACGAGGAAUUGCCAAGGGAUGCAAAGAUAGUGAAAUCAUUACUGAAAUCAAUGGGUGUCCGGGAAUAUGAGCCCCGUGUGGUGCACCAGUUCCUGGAACUGUGGUAUCGGUAUGUUGGUGAUGUUUUGACUGAUGCCUUGGUGUACUCUGAGCAUGCUGGCAAGCCUGCAAUUGACUGUGAGGAUAUCAAGCUUGCCAUCCAGACAAAAGUUAACUUCAGCUUCUCACAACCCCCUCCUCGAGAGGUUCUACUCGAGUUGGCUAGGAACAGGAACAAAGUCCCAUUACCAAAGUCUAUUGCAGGGCUGGGGAUCCCGCUCCCACCUGAACAGGACACAUUGAUCAGCCCAAAUUACCAGCUUGCGAUGCCCAAGAAGCAGAUUUCUCGAACAGUUGAAGAAACAGAGGAAGAUGAAGAGGCAACUAACCCAAAUCCUCCUCAAGAAUCAACAGACAUGCAGCAGCAAACUCCCCAAAGGGUAUCAUUCCCCCUUCAGGCAAAGCGUCCAAGGUAGGGUUUUCAACAAGUCAAACUAGACAGCUUGUUCGUGAAUUUGGUUCAAGCAGUGGCGCAGCUUGUUUAUGGGUAUAUGUUCUGUAUAUUGUGUAUGAAUUCUAAAUAUUCAUUCUGAAGAAAAGUAGGUUAGUUUUGAUA